GCCACAGAUGCAUGUUCAAGGCCACCAGUGAUGGGCCAGACCCUCCAGUGUCGCCCCGGAGUCCAUAUGGUACCGGCAUCUGGGAAGUUACCUAGGUAUGGCCCUUAAGCCCAACACAGUAACCCAAGUGAGCUUGGGCGAAGGCCCAAUCAAUAUUGAGGAUGCUCGCGAGAAUAUCUGGGUGGUCGGAGACGGUGCCUGCUUGAUACAAAAUGCCCUGAAUCAAGACAAACUGGUCCAGGCUUUCAUUUCAUCGGAGGAUAAGUCAAUCAAUGCCUGACAGCUGGUCCCGACCUCUCUCAGCCGAGGACAUCAGGAAGCUCUACCAAGACUGGCCGUCACACGUUUCCAGGGCUGUCAAUGAGCCGGAACAGCCUGCUAUUUACCUAUGGGGAUAUUUGUCCACGCGAACCUACGUUUCGUGCCUACCUGCAUUAUCGGCGAUGCUGUAUACGCCACAACUCCUCGGCAAAGAUUCUGGAGCUGGAAUGUGCAUUGAGGAUGGCCUCAUCACCUCUACGCUCUCGAGACGUGCUCAGAAUCGCGAAAAGGCUUUGGUAGCGUUGAAGGCUUACCUCACCGUCGCCACCCACGCACCCAGCUCAUCUUCGUUUCGAGCUGGGACACCGGUAUGCCCGAGACAAUACGUAGCGAGGAGACUGGAUUAGAUUUGUAUCGUUUGAGGCACAAUCUGCUGUCCCGAUAGAAUUUCAUUAUUGAUUUUCUCAAUGAGACGCAGGUCGCCGAGGCAGGGUAACGCGAU